UGCGACAGCGUGUUGCGUUAGUGGCGAUAGAGUUUAGGUUUUCGCAUCUGUUGUCUCGUGAGUAUUGUCCUUUUGCUAUGCUUGCCAGAGUAGAGUUCAUUGCUUUCGGCUCGGUCUCGAGUGGAGGGUGAGAGAGAGAGAGAGACUCAGGGAGGGAGAGAGAGAGAGAGAGAGAGAUUGAGAGGCACCGGGAGGGAGAGGCCACCUUUGGGAAGAGGAAAGAGGGAAAGAGGGAGAGAGCGAGAGAGAGUGCGGGGAGAAAGAAAGGGAGCUCGCCGAGAGGAGGGCAUGGUUUUUGCACCGUGCAUUUGUAUCGCGCUAGCGAGUGAAGGUCGAACUAGGUCUCCCGUGGACGAGGCAGUAGGGGCUCCGGGGCGGUCUCUGCGGACGACGGGAAGCUGAUUGCACCAUUGAGAUUUGAGUCGAGGGAGGGAGGGAGGUUUGAAGGAAGGAAGGAAGGAAGGAAGGAAGGAAGGAGUCGUGAGGGCUGUGGUCUGUGUGGCCUGGUCGAGAUUAGGAACAGACGACUCUGAAACAUUGUCAUCCGCGAGCAGGACAAGCAUGGCGCGCGUCUAGUUUUUCAUCGGGGAUUUUUGGGUUGCUUCCAGGAUUUGGAGCGUAGGGUUUGCUCGGGGAGAGGAAGAACAGGGGAAGAGUAAGUAUCGCCUGCCUCGAAAGUGCUGACAGCCCGCGGACGUUCGGGAGAGGACCCGGAAGAGGUUUCGCCUCUGAGGGAGAAGAACGUGUGUUUGCUUGCUAAGCGCAACGCCACCGCGGGUCGAAAGACGAGGCGGUACGAAGAGAGAAUGCCAUCAGCGUGGUCAGAGUCUCCGCCAGACUUGGCGGCUGAGCAUGGAUCUGCAAACAACUCAGCUGCUGGCUCGGCUACUCGACCCACAAGGUCGUCGUACGUUCCUCCACACUUGAGGAACCGACCGCAAGGAGCAUCGCCAUCGCCCCCUGCAGAUUUGGGUCCCCAUAGUCCCGGCGCUGGACCGAAACCUACACCUGGUGCUGGCGUUUUGGGUGCCACUGGGGGAUCUCAAGCACCUAGACAGCCGAGUGCCUGGGGCGCAAGAGAGAUUCCUGGUGCAAGCGGCGUGGGUUUAGCAGCAGGUGGGGCUGCCCCGGGGCGGGCUAACAAUCGUGGAGGGGCUUGGCAGGCGGGAGGCGGUGCGAGUGCUGGACCAGGGCAUACUCAAGGAUGGAGUAAUGGAGCCGGCGGAGGAUGGGGUCAAGGCGGUGGCCGAAGUGGUUGGAGCGGAAGAGAUAGGGAGGUGAAUCCCUUCGCAAACGAUGAGGCCGCCGAAGCAAUUUUCGACCAAGAGAACACGGGUAUCAAUUUCGAAGCGUACGAGGAUAUUCCUGUUGAGACGAGCGGGGAGAAUGUGCCACCCCCUGUCAACACUUUUGCAGAGAUAGAUUUGGGCCCUGCAUUGAAUGAGAACAUCAGAAGAUGCAAGUACGUGAGGCCCACGCCCGUGCAAAGGCAUGCGAUCCCAAUCUCUCUUGGAGGAAGAGAUUUGAUGGCCUGCGCCCAGACAGGUUCUGGAAAGACUGCAGCUUUUUGUUUUCCCAUUAUCGCUGGGAUCAUGAGGAGUACCCCUCCUGGGCGCCCACGUGGAGGCCGCAAGGCACUCCCUUUGGCUUUAAUUCUCUCCCCAACUCGGGAGCUCUCCUGUCAGAUUCAUGACGAGGCCAAGAAGUUCUCCUACCAGACAGGUAUUCGAGUUGUUGUUGCUUACGGUGGAGCUCCGGUGCAAAAUCAGCUUCGGGAGAUGGAGAAGGGAGUUGAUAUUCUUGUAGCCACUCCCGGUCGACUGGGAGAUCUUUUAGAGAGGGCGAGAGUCUCUCUUUCGAUGGUGAAGUAUCUCGCUUUGGACGAGGCCGAUCGUAUGUUGGACAUGGGUUUCGAACCCCAAAUCCGAAGGAUUGUUGAGCAGAUGGACAUGCCUACUGCUGGUCAAAGACAGACUAUGCUUUUUAGCGCCACCUUCCCACGGGAAAUUCAGAGGCUCGCCGCGGAUUUUCUGUCAAACUACAUAUUUUUGGCAGUCGGAAGGGUAGGUUCCAGCACAGAUUUGAUUGUGCAAAGAGUUGAGUUCGUCGCUGAUUACGAGAAGAGGAGCAUGCUCAUGGACCUGAUUCAUGCACAAGCCGCGAAUCAGACAACUGGGCAGGCGGCUUUGACUCUGGUCUUUGUUGAGACCAAGAGAGGCGCUGACGCUCUGGAAGAUUGGCUAUGUCGCAUGGGUUUCCCUGCAACAACUAUUCAUGGAGAUAGAUCUCAAACUGAACGUGAACAAGCCUUAAGAUCUUUUCGAACAGGGCAGACCCCUAUCCUUGUAGCAACGGAUGUUGCUGCUCGUGGUCUGGAUAUCCCUCAUGUGGCGCAUGUUGUGAACUUUGAUCUACCUAACGACAUUGACGAUUACGUCCAUCGUAUAGGACGUACUGGAAGAGCAGGAAAGAGUGGUUUAGCCACCGCGUUCUUCAAUGAAAAAGACACUCCUUUAGCCCGGCCACUGUCCGAGCUGAUGACCGAAUCCAACCAAGAAGUGCCCAAUUGGCUCGCGCAAUUGGGCAGUAGGGCAGCCCUGGGUGGCGGUGGCCGUAACCGACGCUCAGGUGGUGGUUCCAGAUUUGGAGGUAGGGACUACCGUAGAGAAGGAGGGGGUGGUGGUGGAAAUAGGGGAGGUGGUGACCGCCAUGGUGGUGGUGGCGGUUAUGGAGGAAAUUCAGGUGGUUAUGGUGGAUACGGAGGCAGCAGUAGUGCCUGGGAUUAGUCUGUAGUAGCAGGAGCUUUAGGCAAAGGAUGGCACGGUUCUGAUUGAGGCAGUAUUAGCACUGCAGCACCUUAAUGACGCUUGACUUGAGGAGUUUUUCAAUUUUUCCUAACCUGUACACCUGUGCAUUAACUUUUGCCAAGUGUGUGGGCUACAUAAUUUUGCCCAGUUUCACACCACCUGCCAUUUCUUUCUGGGUAUGUGGAAUACAGCUCCAUUGUCCCCCCUGGGCUUUUGGGCAUGCCCCUCCCUUGGGUAACCGUCGGCCAUAUGCGAAGGCAGGGAGUUUAGCAUAAAUGAUUCCUCGGCAAACUCCGCCGGGUGUACGAUAGUAGCCGCACCUGGCACAACCUAUUCUUAGUAACUUAACAGCAGAGAUGGGAUCGGCAGUUAGCUGAGUCAGUGGUUACAGCAUCCUCGAACACUACAUUGUGCCAGAGCAGCUGUGGAUGCGGGCCCGUAUAAGAACUUCUAUGCAUGCAACAAGCGUCACAAAGUCCUUUGCCAUAGAGCUCACCAAAGAUGACUCCACGUUGCAUAGAAGCGUUUUGGUUGGGUAUGGUUGACAUCAGCUCGGGAUCAUUGGGCUUGUCUGAGGCAAGGUACCAUGCUGCCUGGAGGGGGACAGUGAUUCUUAUCAGAUGGCUUUUCUUGCUUUAACUUUUGAUUCUGGAAAUGUAUCGGUGAGGAGUGGGCCAGGGCAGCUCUUCCUGGAAGGGAGGCAAUUUAUGACUGAUUUGUACAGUCAACAAAGUCACGGAUCAGGAUGUACAUCAUGAAAUUUUUAGUUUCUUUUACCUAGUGGUCUGAGCUCACUAGUAAUGCUCUGCUACCUGCUUAUGGUUCAGCUCAGGCAACUGCAGAGUUUCUGGUCAUCUGUCUCGGUUCUGACCGUUUUUUGACUCAGAUUCCGAAAGUUCAUGAUCUAUGUUAACUUUUCAAGACUGGCUGCCAGGUGAUUCUUUACGAACGUCCGUCCAUAUCUGAUUGUACUUGGUUGGAUGGUUUGUGAAGAGGAGUAGGAUUCUGCAUCACCUAGUUGCCACCAAUGACACUUAGCAGGAGUUUUAGACAUCCAAGAAUGCCAUCAGGUCUAGAAGGAAUUAUGUAGGCAAAAGUUAGUGAAACUUUAUGUGGUACACUCGUCUGUAAAGACAUUGUGUUCAACAUGAAAUAUCUUGUUGUC